AUGUCUGUUCAGACUUGCGAGAGAAAUUGUAUGGGGCCCAAAAACCCUUCAAGAGGGAAGUUUCAGGCUUCUAUUGGAGCACAUGAGAUUUUCAACCCAGAGACAUGGAAAGCAGCUUUAACAGAAUUAGUGGCAACUGCCUCACUAAUGUUCACCUUGUCUACCUCCAUUAUUGCAUGCUUGGACUCGCAUGAAGUUGAUCCUAAGCUUAGUGUCCCCUUUGUAGUCUUCAUCAUAGUUUUCUUAUUCCUAAUUGUCACAGUUCCUCUAUCUGGUGGCCACAUGAGCCCUGUUUUCACAAUAAUAGCUACUCUAAAAGGUGUUACCACUCUUUCUCGUGCACUCCUUUACAUCUUAGCACAAUGCAUUGGCUCGAUAAUUGGUUUCUAUAUACUCAAGUGCGUGAUGGAUCCAAAAUUAAUAAACACAUACUCAUUGGGAGGUUGUGCCAUUGGUGGCAAAGGACUCAACUCUAGUAUCAAUGAGUAUGAUGCCUUGUUAUUGGAAUUCUCUCUCACAUUUUUAGUACUCUUUUUGGGUGUUACAUUGGCUUUUGACAAAAAGAGAGCAAAGAAUUUAGGCUUGCCAAUGGUAUGUUUGGUGAUAGCUGGGGCUAUGGCAUUGGCAGUAUUUAUGUCCAUAACUGUAACUGGACGGGCCGGUUAUGCGGGUGUUGGGCUUAACCCAGCAAGAUGCUUAGGUGCUGCAUUGGUUCAUGGAGGUUCACUAUGGAAUGGGCUUUGGAUUUUUUGGGUUGGGCCUAUUUUGGCCUGCUUAAUCUAUUAUAGUGUCUCUAUCAACCUACCAAAGGACGGUUUGGCUCUGGUGGAUGGAGAAUAUGAUGUCUUAAAGUUGACUCUUGGUUCUAGUGGGACAUUAGCUAAAGGUGACAUUUCAAAGGAGAGUUUUUAUUCCGCCUCUCAUAUAUCUCAAAACACUUGA